UCCUCCUCGUCCUCGUCCUCCUCCUCCUCUUCUUCUUCUUCUUCUUCUUCUUCAUUAUUAUGAAACAAAGGCCAGUUCCAUUGUAGCCCCAUAGCCCUCAAACAUCUACGUGAUGUGAGCAAUCUCUGAGGACAACAGUUAUGGCGGUAGAGUUUGUUCAUGGACCCAACUUUUGCUUCUCUUCAACACCUUCAAGAGAAGAGGGACAUUUUGAUGAACAAUUCUCAGGUCAAGAGGCAGAGGCUGAAUCAUGAUGACACAGAUAGGAUUAAUAGUUUACCUGAUGGUGUUCUCAUCCACAUGCUCUCCUUUCUUCCAACUGCUGACGCUGUUCGCACGUGCAUACUAUCGAAAAGAUGGGAAUUCCUCUGGACUUAUCUCAGAAACAUUAACUUUGAUGAUAGGUUGUACUUAGGCGAAGUGAAUAUGUGGAACCCGCAACCAGGAUUAACUCGAUUCUUGGAUGGAAUAGGAGAUGAACUAGUUUCCCAAUUCAUGUUUGAUAUGAAAAAGCUCCGUCUUUCAUUUCGAGUCUUCUUUGAUGCCAUUCGUGUCCAUAAUUGGCUGGUGUCUGCAAUCUUGCGUAAGGUUCUAGAUGUUGAUCUCUGCCUGUUUGUAGGAGAGCCUUUUAUUCUGCCCCAAAUGGUUUUUGUUUCUACAUCCCUUACAGUUCUGAAAAUAGAAAUGAAUUCAGUCCUUCAGCUCCCUCGAGACAUUUCUCUUCCAUGCCUCAAAACAUUGUGCCUAUCUCUUGUCACUUUUUCAGGCACAAAAUUAACCCAAAAACUGUUCUCUAGCUGUCCAGUACUGGAGGACCUAGCUUUAGUGGAUUGUGAAUGGCUUUUUAUAAGGAGUGUCACAAUUUCUAUUCCAACUCUAAAGACCCUGAAGAUGGAUGAACUACCAUGCUUUGGAUCGACAGAUAGCAUAAAUGAUUGUCAAAUCAAGAUCUAUGGUGAAAAUCUUGUAUCCCUCAAGUACAAUGGCAGUCUGUCAAAUGACAUUUUUCUGUAUAACAUAUCUUCUCUAGUUGUUGCAUAUAUCGACAUUCCGAAUCUGUAUAAAAUGGAUAGAGAAAUUGCUCGCCGUGGAGCUAAGUUACUUAGAGGUCUUGGGAAUGCCCAAUAUGUGAGAAUGUCGAAUGGAGCCAUUGAGUCUGUCUUCCUUGCAGAAAACUUCCUGGAUCAUCUUCCUAUAUUUCGAAAGUUGGUUCAUUUAAAGCUGAAUAUGGUGAUUGGAGCUUGUACAAUUGGAGCACUAAUGGACUUGUUCCAAAGAUCACCAAAUUUAGAAUCUAUUAUUUUUUCCAAGGGAAUUGAUGAUGACCUGGACAUUCGUGACGAUGUUUGGAAGUUGAAAUAUGCACCAGAAUGUCUCUUUUCACACCUCAAGACUAUUGACCUCCACUGGUUCCGUGGGAUCAAAACAGAGAUAAAUUUACUCAAGCUUGUUCUGAAAUUUGCACCUGUAUUGGAGAGGAUAAAUAUCCACUGUUCUAAGAUUUUGUUACAGGAUAUGAACAAGCGAAAUGAGAUUUUCAAACAGUUGCUGAUGCUUGAGGAUGGUCCUAGAGUUUGUACCAUCGUAUUUUUAUGAGCAGCCUCGCACAAAAAUCUUGUUUUUCUACAGAAAUCGUGUAUUUUGCUUAUAGCCCCUCCUUGGCUGUGGGUUCUAAGGAUCAAGAGCAAUAAAGUGAUGAUCAGCCAGCUCUUGUAUCUGCUGGUGCAAUUCAUGAAGUUUGUCAUUUUUGGCUAAAGCUGAAGGUCUCGAAGAGGAUGCAGCUGAGAAUUUGCCUGGAUUAAAGCUUAUGACUGCUGUGAUUCAUUGUUGUAUAGAUCUGAAUGGUCAAAAUGGGAAAACUAUGUAUCUAAACUCAUGACAUUGCUCUUUGUUAUUCUUCAUGGCUUCUCUAUAGUUCAGGAAAAAAAAUGUUCUUUAUUGGUUAGCCUCUGCUGGAUUAAUGAUCUUAAACUGCCUGAUGAGAGACCAUAAUUUGACUGAAUGUUUAAAAAAGCCGGUUACGAUGAAUGUCUGUAAUAUGAUCAAGUGUAUAGUAGGUGGGAGAGAACAUUUUUCUUUGAUAAUGAAGACACUGCAUGGGCAAUGCAGUUGAAUUGAGAUGAAGAAA